CCUGUGAUGACGUCAUCAGUGACUGGUGGCUGUCCAUUGGCUCUUGUCAUUCUGCUUCUCAUGUCCAUGGAUCCUAUAGCCACUGAGGUGGUGAACUCAGUCAACGACUGUACUGAAUUCUUCCUGGAUGGAACCCCACCGGAUAUACCAGGAGUCCUGCAGCAGGGGACCAUUCAGGACCAGAAUCGCUACAAGCCCAUUUGCCAGGAAUAUGAAAAUACCAGGAGGUUCAUGACGCUCUAUGACACAGUUAAUAAGAUCCCAGUGUUUUCUGCAUAUAAAUACACAGGAGACGACGGAAGCAAAAGACCAAGAAAUCAGAAGUGGAUGUUUGAGCCAAAGCUUGAAGAUGGGGGAAGCAACAGCAACAUGAAACCACUGAAUAAAAGAAAAAAAUACUCCAAACAAGCUAGUUUUUCCGACUAUACUCAUCAAACGGACUAUGAUAGAGGCCACAUUUUUCCAAGUGCUCAUGCUCACCACAAAUCAGAUAAGGAGGCUACAUUUACCUUGACUAACAUUGUGCCACAAUCCCGCACAUUUAAUAAUGGAAGCUGGAAAAGUAUGGAGAAAUGUGUCAGAUGUGUGAUGCAUGAAUACUGUUUGAACCAAAACAACCAACAUGAAGCAUUUGUCGUGACUGGAGCAAUUCCCAAUGCAAACAAGACUCUCAAAAACAAGGUCAAUAUUCCAAAAACUCUCUGGACAGCAUUUUGCUGCUAUAGCAAAGUUACGGGGGAGUGGUUAGCAAGCGCACACUGGGGUGACAAUGUUAAAGAAAAUCCUAGAGCUAAGAUAUUAAUGGAGACCAAAAAUAUAGACAUGAUUUCACUUAUUGAUGUCGACCCCUUUCCACAACAUCAAUGUCGUCUCGACGUAACAGUAAGUCAGUAUUAUCCUACUUUAAAUACAGAGUGUGAAUGUCAUCCCGCUCCUUUGACAACAUCCACCCCUCUCACCUCCACAUCUGCCCCUCCCACCUCCACAUCUGCCCCUCCCACCUCCACAUCUGCCCCUCCUGACUCCACAUCUGCCCCUCCUGACUCCACAUCUGGUCCACCCACCUCCAAAUCUGCCCCUCCCACAUCCACAUAUGCCCCUCCCACUUCUACAUCCUCCCCUCAAACUUCUACAUCUGCCUCUCCCACCUCCAAAUCGGCCCCUCCCACUUCUACAUCUGCCCCCAACUCCACAUCUGCCCCUCCCACCUCCAAAUCUGCCCCUUCUACAUCUUCUGCCACUUCUACCUCAUCAUCCACCCCCCCCACUUCUACAUCUGCCCCUCCCACCUCCUCAUCCACCACUCUCACUUCUACAUCUGCCCCUCCCACCUCCACAUCCACCCCUCUCACUUCUACAUCUGCCCCUCCCACCUCCACAUCUGCCCCUCCCACCUCCACAUCCGCCACUUCUACAUAUGCCCCUCCCACCUCCACAUCUGCCACCUCUACAUCUGCCCCUCCCACCUCCACAUCUGCCACUUCUACAUCUGCCCCUCCCACUUCUACAUCUGCCCCUCCCACCUCCACAUCUGCCACCUCUACAUCUGCCCCUCCCACCUCCACAUCUGCCCCCCCCACCUCCACAUCUGCCACCUCUACAUCUGCCCCUCCCACCUCCACAUCUGCCACUUCUACAUCUGCCCCUCCCACUUCUACAUCUGCCCCUCCCACCUCCACAUCUGCCACCUCUACAUCUGCCCCUCCCACCUCCAAAUCUGCCACCUCUACAUCUGCCCCUCCCACCUCCACAUCUGCCACUUCUACAUCUGCCCCUCCCACCUCCACAUCUGCCACUUCUACAUCUGCCCCUCCCACUUCUACAUCUGCCCCUCCCACCUCCACAUCUGCCACUUCUACAUCUGCCCCUCCCACCUCCACAUCUGCCACCUCUACAUCUGCCCCUCCCACCUCCACAUCUGCCCCUCCCACUUCUACAUCUGCCCCUCCCACCUCCACAUCUGCCACUUCUACAUCUGCCCCUCCCACUUCUACAUCCACCCCUCCCACCUCCACAUCUGCCACCUCUACAUCUGCCCCUCCCACCUCCACAUCUGCCACUUCUACAUCUGCCCCUCCCACCUCCACAUCUGCCACUUCUACAUCUGCCCCUCCCACCUCCACAUCUGCCACCUCUACAUCUGCCCCUCCCACCUCCACAUCUGCCACUUCUACAUCUGCCCCUCCCACCUCCACAUCUGCCACUUCUACAUCUGCCCCUCCCACUUCUACAUCUGCCCCUCCCACCUCCACAUCUGCCACUUCUACAUCUGCCCCUCCCACUUCUACAUCCACCCCUCCCACCUCCACAUCUGCCACCUCUACAUCUGCCCCUCCCACC